UAUGACGUAGGGAGGCGGUGCGGAAGCUUCAGGGGGGUGGGCGUAGUAGUGGACGUCGAGAGCUUGGCGGCGUGCAUUUUCUUUGGAUCUGUCUGUCUGAGCAUCCCACACCUUGCUGAUAAACCAUGGAGAACGCCACAAAAGAGGAGUACAAGAUUCAGUCUUUUGAUGCUAAAACACAGCAGCUCCUGAAAACUGCUUUAAAAGAUCCGUCCUCGGUAGAUCUUGAGAAAGUGGCCAAUUUGAUUGUCGACCAGUCUCUUAAAGAUCAGGUCUUCAGCAAGGAAGCCGGUAGGAUAUGCUUUACCAUUGUUCAGGCAGAGGGCAGGCAAGCUGGCUCAAACGUGUUUCGGCGGAACCUGCUCAACCGACUACAGCAAGAGUAUAAGACACGGGAGGAAACCCGGAGCCGUUCUGUUCAGGAGUGGGUCUGCUAUGUCACCUUCAUCUGUAAUAUCUUUGACUACCUCAAGGUAAACAACAUGCCCAUGAUGGCCCUGGUAAACCCGGUAUAUGACUGCCUAUUCCGACUGAGCCAGCCGGACUCUCUUCAUAAUGAGGAAGAGGUGGAUUGUUUGGUCAUGCAGUUGCAUCGCAUUGGAGAUCAGCUGGAAAAGAUGAAUGUGCAACGCAUGGAUGAGCUUUUCUUUCUUCUUCGAGAUGGCUUCUUUUUGCAGAACGAGUUGAGUUCGUUGGCUCGUUUGCUUCUACUGGAGAUUCUGGAAUUUCGAGCCAGUGGUUGGCGGCUCAGUGAUUCUGCACAGAAAUACUAUUACAGCGAAGUAACAGACUGAAUAUAUUUUCAUAAUUGUGAACAGCAGCUGGGCUAAUCAGGAGGUAUAAAUUGUAUGUGGCAUACGUUUUUUCUGGGAAAAAAAAAAUCACUUGCAUACAAGUGAAGUUAAGGUUUGACUUUUGAGAUUGUAGUAUACAAAUGGCUAACACAGUUGCUUCUGCUGCUGUAGCAAAAUGUUUAAGGAUUUUUUCCCCUCAUGAGUGAUUUGGAUUCUUCAGUAGAGACAAUUUUUAAUUUCCAAAAAGGGCUGCAAAUUUCACUCUUGGUGCUAAAAAAAAAAAAGGUACAGUGAAGUCGGCUUGUUCUGGGAGCUCCAAAAUUAAAACUGACUUAUUUUCAGGGAGAACAGUUCUGCAUUCUCAAAGAAGCUCUUCCACUGCAACCUGUCUACAUCUCACAAUAGUGUGCCAUUCAUCCCCAAAACAGUUCUCUUUUAACAUUCCCACGGUUUGUAACAAAAUACUAAAUGUUAGGUCCUCAAUAGGAACAUCCAUCUAAAAAGCAAUAAAAAUCCAAGUAAAAGUUUUGCAAUUUUACAUUCCAUUCCUAUUAAUCCUAAACCAGUAGGUAUAACCUUGACCUAAUAAGAAGGUGAAUGAGCAUCAGUGUUUUGUAUCUAAAAAUUCAAUCGAUCAUACUUUCACUUUUCCAAUUUCCAAUGAAUUUGCUGCCAAUCUUUAAACUGCUUUAAAAAUACUGCCAUCUGAUGGCACUUGUUUAUAUAAGGAGCUUGUGUGACAAGCCUGCUGUAAAUAUAGUUGUUUUAUUUUAUAGACUGAGACAUGGUGCCCUCCAGGUUGAUUGGAAAGGGUGUUAUUUGUUGUAUAUUAAAUACAUUGAUUUAUA